AAAAGGCGCAGAGCGACCCCAUGCAAGACGAAGACGCCGUGGCUCGAAUGGCGAUCUGCAGCUGCAUGUGAGAGGGCGACUGCCCCGGGGAAAUAAAAAUAAGGACGCCAUAGUCGCAGGACUGAGGGAAGAAGCGGACGCGUUUGCACAUUCGUGGCAUAUUUUGUGAAUCAGUGCAGCUUCUCUUCGACUGUCGGGAUCGUAUCCGAGUGGGAGUCCACAUGGUCAUGGAAACGAGGUUCAGUUUGGGAGGGGGAGGACAGCAGCCACAACCUGCUGCUCCAGUUCCCAAUGCAGUUGGGUCAAACGUGAACAUGGCUCAACAGCAACAGCAGUCGGUCGACCGAGAGAAAAUCUUCCAGUGGAUCUUGGAACUCUCAAGUCCAGACACAAGGGAAAAUGCUCUACUUGAGCUCAGCAAGAAAAGGGAAGCAGUUCCAGACUUGGCACCCAUGCUGUGGCAUUCAUUUGGAACCAUUGCAGCUUUACUCCAAGAAAUCAUUAAUAUAUAUCCAUACAUCAAUCCAGCAAAUCUGACAGCUCAGCAAUCAAAUCGUGUCUGCAAUGCACUUGCUCUGCUCCAGUGUGUGGCAUCUCAUCGGGAAACCCGUUCCGUGUUCCUUCAGGCUCAAAUCCCCCUUUACCUCUAUCCGUUCUUGCAAACGGUCUGCAAGAAUCGCCCCUUUGAGUAUUUACGCCUCACAAGUCUUGGUGUGAUUGGGGCAUUGGUCAAGACGGAUGAGCAAGAGGUGAUUACCUUCCUGCUGACGACAGAAAUCAUUCCUCUUUGCCUGCGAAUCAUGGAGAAUGGGUCAGAACUAUCAAAAACGGUAGCCACAUUCAUUCUUCAGAAGAUCCUGAUGGAUGAGACAGGGCUGUCGUAUAUCUGCCAGACGUAUGAGCGUUUCUCCCAUGUUGCUGUGAUUCUGGGCCGGAUGGUGCUUUCUUUGGCGAAGGAGCAGUCAGCCCGCCUGUUGAAGCAUGUUAUUCGUUGCUACCUGCGCUUGUGUGAUAAUGGACGAGCCCGGGAAGCUCUCCGUCAGUGUCUCCCAGAUGAGCUGAAGGACAAUACUUUUGCUACUUGUCUACGAGAUGAUCGGAACACAAAACACUGGCUGCAACAGCUGCUAAAGAAUCUGGAACCUCCUGCUGGGAAUAGCAGUAGCUCAGCCAUCACUCCCCUUGCCCCCCAGUGACCUUCCUCUUUCUUCCUCAACUCCCAUCCUCGUGUUGAGUCUGUGAUGCCAAGUUGACAACAUUUGCCCUGGAACAUCCCAUCUUCUUGCUGUAGUUUUUUCUUGUUCGUGCAACCUUUUGCGAUUUCAUUUUUUCCUGUGUUAUGACAAAUCUCGGCUGGCUGGGACAUCUACGUUUUGGAAUUAAUAUUCAUGACGAUGUCUGAGCAUACUGUGCAACUGCGCGACAUUUGACUUGAUAGAAGUGGAAAUCUCAUCCGUGAUUUGGGAAUAAAAGACCUUCAUCUGAAUA